GUCCUAUAGUGUUGUGCAAUGCCAUUCGAUAAACACUUUCGGUGUAGUACGCAAAUACAAUUUUUUCAUGAAAACAUUACUUUUAAAUAGUAUUUAAUAAAUACGAAUUCAUUAUAUUCAUAACAACUAACAAGUAACUACUGGCCAUAAAUAUUUUGAAAUAAAUAAUUAUAUGCUACACUAUAUUUUACGCCUGUGGACAUAUUUGAAGUGAAAAUUACUCGUGAAAGAACAUAAUUCACUACCACAUAUGAUGGGAAAAGACUAUUACCAAAUCCUAGGAGUGUCAAAGGGAGCUGCAGAUGAUGAAAUUAAAAAGGCAUAUCGAAAAUUGGCGCUCAAAUACCAUCCAGACAAAAACAAGAGUGCAGGAGCUGAAGAAAAAUUCAAAGAGGUAGCAGAAGCAUAUGAAGUAUUAAGUGAUAAAAAAAAACGUGAUAUAUAUGAUAAAUAUGGAGAAGAUGGUCUUAAAGGAGGUGCUGGCCAAGGAAAUAAUUCUAACAACUAUUCAUAUACUUUCCAUGGCGAUCCUAGAGCCACAUUUGCACAGUUCUUUGGCUCAUCAAAUCCAUUUGGCAACAUAUUUGGUAACAGUGGUUCAAUGUUUGAUGACGAAAUGGACUUUGAUGAUGGUUUUAUUCGAAUGUCACAUGGACCACCUGGCAUGGGUGCUUUCAGGUCGCAGUCGUUCAACGUUCACGGUUCACCAAUGGGAAGAACUAAGGAAAAAGCUCAAGACCCAGCUAUUGAACAUGAAGUAUAUGUAUCAUUAGAGGAUAUAAGUAAAGGGUGUACAAAAAAAAUGAAAAUCUCUAGAAGAGUGCUCCAAGCAGAUGGAACUUCUAGAAAAGAAGAUAAAGUGUUAACAAUCAAUAUUAAACCUGGAUGGAAAUCAGGUACUAAAAUUACAUUUCAAAAAGAAGGAGAUCAGGCAAUGAAUAGAAUACCUUCAGACAUUGUUUUUGUAAUAAGAGACAAACCUCAUCCAGUUUUUAAACGUGAUGGAAAUGAUAUUAGAUAUACAGUUCCAAUUACUCUUAAACAAGCACUUUGUGGCGUAGACGUUGUAGUUCCUACUUUAACUGAUAAAAAACUUCCUAUCAGCUUAAAAUCAGAAGUUGUUAAACCUACGACAGUAAAACGAUUUCAAGGAUACGGUCUUCCRUAUGCUAAAGAACAAUCGAGAAGAGGAGAUUUGUUGGUUUCAUUUGAUAUUAAAUUCCCUGAAACUAUUUCACCCGCUAAGAAAGCUAUUUUGUGUGAUACACUA